ACAUCAACUGUGUCGUGAACGUUCCUCGAGGCAACUGCUCAGUGCUCAUCUUCAGGGGGGGGCCAUUUCUCUCCCAAUUCUAAAAAAAAGUGUAAAUUGAACCGAGCCCAAUCAGUAUAAUGGCACUGCUAAUGAGAAAUGCCUGCAGGGCCCUAAAUCAGACAGCCCAGAAAGGUGUAGUGAGAAAUUUGAGCGCAUCAGCAGUUCUUCACCAGCCAGAGACUGUUGUCGAGCAAGAGGGCAAGACCAAAUGUACCCUCAUCCCUGGAGAUGGUGUUGGACCGGAGCUCGUUGUUUCCGUCCAACAAGUGUUCAAAGCUGCCAGUGUUCCGGUUGAAUUCGAGCCUUAUUUCUUGUCCGAAGUUAAUCCAACGUUGAGUGCACCACUCGAACAAGUUUCCAACAGUAUUGCGAGAAAUCGUGUUUGCCUUAAGGGUAUUUUGGCCACUCCAGAUCACUCCCACACUGGAGAGCUCGAGACAUUGAACAUGAAACUUCGAAAAAGUCUGGAUCUGUACUCGAACGUGGUGCACGUUAAGUCAUUACCUGGUGUUAAAUCUCGUCAUUCUAACGUCGAUUGUGUCAUCAUCCGUGAACAGACGGAGGGGGAGUACUCAGCACUUGAACACGAGUCUGUGCCUGGUGUCGUCGAGUGCCUGAAAAUUGUGACUGCUACGAAAUCACAGCGAAUUGCUAAAUUUGCGUUUGAUUAUGCUGUCAGGAAUAAUCGGAAGAAGGUCACCUGUGUGCAUAAAGCUAAUAUCAUGAAGUUGGGAGAUGGACUCUUCCUGAAAUCCUGUCAAGAAAUUGCAAAACUUUAUCCCAGAAUUCAUUUCGAAACGAUGAUUGUUGACAAUUGCACCAUGCAAAUCGUAUCUAAUCCUCAUCAGUUUGAUGUCAUGGUCACCCCUAAUUUAUACGGAAAUAUUGUUGAUAACAUUGCUUCGGGUCUAGUCGGUGGUGCUGGAGUUGUAGCUGGAGCAAGUUACAGUGCUGAAUGCGUUGUGUUCGAGCCCGGUGCGAGGCACACAUACUCCGAAGCUGUGGGAAAGAACGUGGCCAACCCAACAGCCAUGAUCCUUUGUGGUGUUAAACUUCUAAACCACAUAAACAUGAAACGUUAUGCUGGCCAAAUUCGCGAUGCACUGAAUCGUGUCCUCAACGAUGGAAAGAUUCUCACCAAAGAUUUGGGUGGCCAGAGCUCCACAAGUGAAUUUACCAACGCUGUCAUCCAUUGUCUCCGUUAAAGAGCUCCUCGUGUGCAUCAUCUUUUCAGAAAGAGAAAAAAAAAAGAAAUAAACGUAGGACAAUCGUGAUUAUUUAAAUAGCUUGUUUUUUCCGAAAUCAGCGUCGACAUUUAAUCGCUUCGACGUUUGGAGGGAUGAGGGUGGAAAAGUGAACAGUCAGUCUUCACCAGAGUUUCAUUUUUCCUGUCAUUUCCAUGUCUAUUUAUUGAGAUGAUAAUCUCUUGACUUCAUUUAUGUAACGGAGGCUCACGACUUCGAUGGUCUUGUAUUGUAAUAAUUGAAUGUACUCCUCGAUAUACAAUAUUCUGUUGUGUAGAUAGUUAUCAUUGGAAGUAAAGACAAUGUGUUACGUUAAUUGGA